AAUAGCCGUUGAUUUGUUUCUGAGUUUUUCUUCCUCUUUGUCUUGUUCAUCAAGCAAUUUAUCUUCUGAUUUCAGUACAAAUAAAACUUGACAGGAGAUCACUUCUUUCGGAGAAAAGACGAGGAUGGUUCAAACUUCAAAGGGAAAGUGUUGUCGGAACACAAGUUGAGUCAAAAGGAAGAAUAAUUGAAUAUAAAAUUCGAUAUUCUAUCAAAAUAUGUUGAUUAUUAUAUUUCCGACAAAACUUUCCCUUUGAACCAUCUUAUCUUCAUUUCUCUUGUCAAGAAAAGGAAACUGUAAGAUCUUCUCUCUCUCCCUCACAACGUUAUCAGAGUCGUCAUCAUUCAGCGAUGAAAUGCUGGAGAAGGAAGAAGGAGAAGGAUAAGGCGAGAAAAUGCUUCCUGGAAAACGGAAGCAUGUUUCUUGAGCAACUCAUCGCCGACUGUAACGGCAUAUCAAACCCUAUCCGAAUGUUCUCUUCCGACCAAAUUUCCAAGGCCACGAAUCACUUCGAUCCCAUGUGUUCUCUCCCGCAUAUUUCGUCUUACUUCACCUGGUACAAGGGGAUCAUCGAGGGCAGAUCUUACGUGAUCAAGAGAUUUAUACAUCCAUUGGUUGGAGAAGAAGAGAGAGCUUACAGCGAUAUUGCCUUGUCUGCUCGGGUAAGUAAUAAUCACAGUGGUUUCCUCAAACUCAUUGGUUCUUGUCUCGAAUUUCCUUAUCCGGUGUUGGUAUUUGAAGACCUAGAAUAUACACCUUUGAACAUUCGAGGAAGUGUUGGUUCCGAGGACGGGCCGUUGCUGCCUUGGAAUGUACGUUUGAAGAUUGCAAAGGAGGUUGCGACUGCUAUAACUUAUCUUCACACUGCUUUCCCUAGAAUCAUUCUACAUAGAGAUAUCAAGGCAGCUAAUGUUUUCUUGGAUAAGAACUGGAAGGCUAGCCUCACAGAUUUCUCUAGCGCCGUGACACUCCCUGAGGGUAAAUCGUGGGUUGAAGAGAUGGUGUUGGGAACUAUGGGAUACGUAGAUUGUUAUUAUAUGGCCACGGGCAUAGUGACAGAAUAUUCAGAUGUGUUCAGUUUUGGAAUCCUUAUGCUGGUUCUUUUGUUGGGACGACCACAACUUCUACCAGAUGGGCACUCGGAUUUUCGUACUAGUGUUCUUGAUUAUGUGAAGGAUCGGCGAGAGAGAGGAGAACCUGUUGAAUUUGGGGGUGAUUCGAAGGACAUGAGGCCUGGUCAGAUGAAUAUGUUUCUAGACCUGGCACUCAGAUGCUGCGAUGUGAGGAAUGAAGACAGGCCAAAGAUGAUCUUGGUUGCAAAAGAGAUUAAGCUUAUAGAACAAGCAUCACUCUAGGAUAGUCAGAUUUAAGAUUUGAGAUUGUGCUCAUACCUAGUUGGGUUGUGUAUUGUGUAUUGCUCUCCCAUUUCUGACCAUUAAUAUUUUGUAAGAUUUAAUUUUCUGAGUAAAACUUUCAUUCUGUUUAGAAAAGAGUUUUGAGGGUACA